CUCGCGCGGCUGUCUGCUUCCUCGUGCUGUACGUCUGCGGAGCAGACGCCCGCGGCGCCGACGCGUCGAAGCCGCACCCGCACCAGGGCAUCUUGCAAAAGUACGAGCGGCAGCCGCCCAAAAAGUACGGCAUCUCGGUCGACGGCAUUCCCGUCGAGCGCCUUCGGUCUGGCAAGCCGGUUCUCAAGGUCCUGUCGCUCAAAUCGGGCUUCAAGCGGGCCGUGUCGAUCCAGGAUGUACCGGCGCCACCCGACGUGGUGUGGGGUCGCAUCAUGGACCUCGACAACUACCCAAAGAUGGUUGAGGGCUGCACCAAGUGCGCCGUCUACCGGAAGAAGCGGUCCCUCAGCGGCAAGCAGCAGGUCUGGGCAAAGUACCGCAUCUGCGCCGGCCCCUUCUCGAUGGAGUACUUCAUCGAGCACACGUACGAGCCGUCCAAGAACUGCAUGACCUUCCACCUCGACUACGAGCGGCUCUCCGAGUUCUCGGACACCGUCGGCUACUGGUACGUCGAGAGGGUCGAGGACGGGUGGAGCCGCGUCUACUACUCCGCGGACUCGCAGCUGCCGAGCUGGGUGCCCGGCUUCGCGCGGGACAAGCUCAUCCAGCAGGCGCUGCGCCAGUCCACCUCGUGGGUCGACCGGCACGCGCAGCGAGCCAUGGGCAAGGGCGGAGCCGAGCCGAGGCCGCUCCUGCGGCGGAUCAAGCAGGCCGGCGCGGUCGCGCUCGCUCUCUCGCUCAAGGCGCGGUUUCUGCCCGGCGUGCAGCCCCUCAAGGCACCGCGUGAGGCGCUGCGCCGGCUCUUGCGCAAGUGAGAGCCUCGGCGAGAGACGCGGGCCGCAAGAGCGCUCUUCGUGCUGGAGAGUGUACACCGCACGCGUGCGCACACACCCGACCACACCGAGUCGCGAGUGCCACCCAAAACGACGACAAACACAUGCACACGUCCUGUCCAUUUUUUCAAAUUCAAUUUACAUC